CCCAGCAGUCUGCCUUGCAAACCUGUACCUUUAUUGCAUUGCACUCUCUCUCUCUCCCUCCCUCCCUCCCUCCCUCCCUGUGUGUGUCCCUCUCUAUGUGCCUGUGGGUGAGGAGGCACUAUGGCUGCUGUGAUCUGCAGAGUGCAGUACCUGGACGAUGUGGACCCUUUCGUUUGCACCAACUUCCCUGAACCCAGGAGACCCCCGACCUACAGCUUCCACGAGGCUAUUCCUCUGGUGGCUCAGGUGCCCAGUGUGCACAAGCUGCUCUCCUCUCCUCUCAGGCUGGAAGAUUGUGCGCUGCAGAUGGCUCCCAGUGGCAACUACCUGGAUCUGGAACUAUCGCUGGACGAGCAGAGAGAUGACCUCGAAGGCUUCUUUGAGGAGAUUGGCAAAGGGAGAAGGCCAACUCUCAUCCUCCGGACGCAGCUCUCUGUAAGAGUCCAUUCCAUUAUUGAGAAACUCUACAACUCAACAGGACCUGAAUUAAGAAGGUCGCUCUUCUCUCUGAAGCAGCUGUUUCAGGAUGACAAAGACCUGGUCCCGGAGUUUGUGAGCGCUGAAGGGCUGACGUGCCUGAUCAAAGUGGGAGCGGAGGCUGAUCAGAACUAUCAGAACUACAUCCUGAGAGCGCUGAGCCAGAUCAUGCUGUUUGUGGAUGGAAUGAAUGGAGUCAUCAGUCACUGCGAGACUGUGGAGUGGCUGUACACUCUGACAGGCAGCCUGUACCGUUUGGUGGUGAAGACUGCACUGAAGCUGCUGCUGGUGUUUGUGGAGUACACUGAGAGCAAUGCAGCCCUCCUGAUCCAGGCUGUCAAUGCUGUGGAUGAGAAAAGAGACAUAAAACCGUGGACGAAUUUGAUUGAAAUUCUCCAAGAGAAGAAUGGAGCUGACCUGGAGCUUCUGGUGUUUGCUAUGACCCUCAUUAACAAGACCCUAGGAGCUCUUCCAGAUCAGGACUCGUUCUACGAUGUUACUGACUGCCUCGAGAAACUGGAGAUGGAAACCCUCAUCCAGCGGCACAUGAAGAACAAAGUGAUCGACCCAGACCUGAAGCAGCAAUUCACCAUUUAUGAGAACGCACUGAGGCACGAAGACGGCGAUGAUGACGGACAGAUGUCAACCGUGCGCAGGAGGAAACUGGGUCCGAACGUGGACGAAGGACGGAAAAACAGGCGCUCGUCAGGUCUUAACACGGCUGAGGCGCUGGAUAUUAUAAGAGCCACUAGCCCAGGACAUUUCCUCAGUCCAGCCCCAGAAAGAACCAUUCUGAGUAUCACUAAGGAUCCCAAACUGAAUUCUCCCCAAACAGCAGAGCCUGAUCGUCCUGAAACAACGUCAGCUAAUCCUGUAAUCACGAUCAAUGCCCCCAGUUUGCCACCUUCAACCACAAUGGAAACCAUGUCAUCUUCAAAGCAGGAGCCCUUGUACGUCAGCAACUAUGUAGCCUCUUCUUUCACGAAGAGGCCAAGCCUCGCUAGUCAAGAAUCGGACGAGAGUGCCCCAAGCCCCACCAGCCCCAAAAUCGUGCCAUCAUUGCGAGUAAGACAAAUGUGCCCGACGCCAUUUCUUCAGAGGAGAAAGCGCAAGAGAGAAAGAAACAUCUGCAGGGCAGGCUCUGUUAGGGAUAAGCCAGUUCUGAGAAAAUAUGAGAAUCACUUUCUAAACAGCCUGGCAGCCACCCAAAAGGAAGUCAACUCGAAUGUAGCCACGCACCAGUUCACACCAGAAACCAAGUGCUGUCCAGAAAUCAUCACCUCCCCGGUGGCUGACAAACUCACUAAUGUUGAGGUGCUCAGUGAGAAAGAACAACAGAAUGAAGGUUUAAAUGAAAAAGACCCAUGUUCGGCUUCCAGCAGCUCCUCAGCCGGCAGUACGUUGGAGAGGGAAGCGAGGGGAGACAGACAGGCGGGCGAUAAUGAGACAGGUUGCAGCAUACUUCGCCAGUCCAGCGUGGAGCAGUGCGCUGCCAUCUCCACCGACAAGAGGUUCAUGUUGGACAUGUUGUACUCCAAGAGCAGCAGCUUUAGCAUGAGCAAGGACGAGAACCCCACCGAGAGCGCGAGCGAGAAGAAGCUGAUUGAAGAGGCCUCGAGCGAGUCCACCGACCUCCUGAUCAAGCGCUUCGAUCGACAGCCCAGCCUUCAAAAAGAGGAGAGCCACAGGAAGCCCGACAUUGAGAGCGUGCCGGGCAGCGUGAAGGCCACCGUGAACAGGUUCGCUGAAGCUCCGGUGAAGGCUCUGAAAGAGCAGUUCAGCAUCGACGCCGAAUGCAACGAGAAGAACCUGGAGAAGACUACCAUCGCGACUCCGUUGAAGAAGGAGUCCGAGUACAUGUGGGAUCAGCUGGAGACCAGCCCGCGAGUGCUGAAGAUCAAAGACUUGGACUUCACUGACCUGCGCGAGGAGGAGGACGUUGACGUGUUGGACGGCGACACUUUCGCACCCAACGAGCUGAUGGGACAAAGUCCGGCACCGACAUCUGGCGGCUCCAGGAUCCCUCCCCCGCCCCCUCCCCCGCCCCUUCCCGGCUGCCCUCUCCCGCCACCACCUCCUCCCCCUCCGCUGCCUUUCAAAGACCCACCUGUUCCCCCUCCCCCUCCUCCCCCACCACCGCCUCCCCCCGCUCAUGGCUCUCGCCUGCUAGGAGCCGAGUCUGGCUUCCCGAAGAAGAGGAAGACAGUCAAGCUCUUCUGGAAGGAGCUGAAGCAGUCCGAGGGCCCCUUCAAGAGCUGCAAGUUUGGCCGGGGAACAGUUUGGGCCUCGCUCGAUCAAGUGAAGGUGGACACGAGCAAACUGGAACAUUUGUUUGAGUCGCGAGCUAAGGAGCUGCCAACCAAGAAAGGAGCUGAUGGGAAGCGACAGGGAGUCAUUGUCUUGGAUCCAAAGAGGAGCAACGCCAUCAACAUCGGGCUGACUGUCCUGCCUGCCCUGCACAUCAUCAAGAACGCCAUCCUCAAUUUCGACGAGUACGCGAUCAAUAAAGAGGGGAUCGAGAAAAUCCUGAGCAUGGUUCCAACGGACGAGGAGAAGCAGAAGAUCCAGGAAGCUCAGCUGGCCAACCCUGACGUCCCUCUGGGCACUGCUGAGCAGUUCCUGUUGACCUUGUCGUCUAUCAACGGGCUGACAGCCAGACUCCAGCUGUGGGCCUUUAAACUGGAUUACGAGGUCAUGGAAAAGGAAAUAGCAGAACCUUUGUUUGACUUGAAGCUCGGAAUGGAACAAGUGGCCAAGAAUAAAACCUUCAAAUGCCUCCUGGCCACCCUGCUUGCCAUCGGAAACUUCCUCAACAGCUCCAGUGCCAAGGGAUUUGAGCUGGGUUACUUGGAGAAAGUGUCCGAGGUCAAAGAUACUAUUCAGAGGCAAUCGCUGCUGUACCACACCUGUAACCUGGUGGUGGAGAACUUCCCAGACACGACGGAUGUGUAUUCGGAAAUCGCAGCAAUCACCCGAUCGGCUAAGGUUGACUUUGAUCAGUUGUCCGAGAAUCUGGUUCAGCUGGAGCGAAAGUGCAAGGCUUCGUGGGACCACCUGAAAGUGAUAGCAAAGCACGAAACCAAACCCGUCCUAAAGAAUAAAAUGACCGAGUUUCUGAAGGAGAGUACGGAGAGGAUCAUCAUUCUCAAAGUGGUACAUCGUAGGAUUAUAAACAGGUUCCAUUCCUUUCUGCUGUAUCUCGGCCACCCCUCGAACUCUGCCCGAGACCUGAAGGUCACCAGGUUCUGUAAGAUUAUCAGCGAGUUUGCACUAGAAUAUCGCACCACCAGGGAGCGGGUCCUGCAACAGAAGCAGAAACGGGCAGCCUAUCGCGAGAGGAACAAAACCAGAGGCAAAAUGAUCACAGAGACAGCGAAGUUCUCCACAGCAGCCGGCAGCACUGCGAGCAGCUCGACUCCCGACACCCCCAAUCACCAAAUCCAGGCACAAGAGGAGCACGAGAACAUGAAGAAUAUCUUGUCCACCCCAGAGCCGCAGACUCGAAGGAGCAGAGGCAACAGAUCUAUUGGGACAGUGAGCCCGACGAACACCUUGGCCCUUAAAGACGAAAUGGCAAGUCCAGCCGAUGACGCCACAGAUGAAAUCAUGGACCGUCUGGUGAAAUCUGUGACGCAGACUCCCAACGAGCGACCGUCCACGCCCAAGGAACGCAAGAGGUCACGAGCCAACAGGAAAUCCUUGAGGAGGACACUGAAGAGUGGACUGACCCCUGACGUGGUCCAAGCAUUGGGCUUGUCGAAAGCACCAGAAGUAAAAAUUUAAGGGGGAGCGAGGACCUGGACUCAAGUCAAUCUCGCUGCCUCUCAGCGGUCCCAAACCUCGGCACAAAACCACUACCGAAAGAUGAAGAAAAAAGCAUCUUCAUGUCUUCUCCCCGCUUAGGACAAGAACAAACACUCCACUUUAAACUACAAAGUACUUUACACAGCUACAGAUGGUUUGGUGCUGACGUUUAUGGAAGGAAUAAAGUAACUCUUUUGUGAGCGGGUAAAGGUAGUGCUGGCAGCUCUCACUUGUUGCGGAAACAGCAGGGUAAAGCACCCCAAGCAGUCACAAAUGGCCCUUGUGAAGCUGAGCUGAAUAAUGACAAAUUCUCUGAAAAAUAACCGUGUGGCAAUUUGUGGACCUGGGGUUCACCUCUCACAUACACACAUAUGCACAAACGCACACACGCACACACACACACACAAACACACUUCCCACCACUUCAGUUUUCCCUUGUGACCCUUCCACUGCUUUCUGAGGGCUUGAGCUGUAGUACUUGUUCCUUGGGUCCCAGCUUCUCUCAGGCACGUGGUGAUUUUUCUGUUGUGAACCUUGAUGUUGUUAUUUGGCCAUGAAGCUUAGCCUGACCCAAUGUGCACAGAUGGCAGGGCUUGGUGCAUAGGAGCAGGAACCCGGCUGAUUUCCCCCCCACCCCAUCUCCUCCGGCCAGUGAUGCCAUGAUUGAUUGUAAUGCUCUAUUGGUGCCCUGGCUGAGAUUUGCUAACUCGAGACCCCUUCCUGUUCAAAACACUUGCUACGCUGUCAGCCUGGCUCAGUCCGGGAGGAUCCUGCUUCCGAAUCAGAAGG